AUGAGUAGAUUGGAUCGUGUACUUGUGUCACACGAGUGGAUUCUUUCUUGGCCCGAUAGUGUGCAACAAGUUCUUGAUCGUGAAAUUUCCGACCAUUGCCCUUUGUUACUUCGGCUAGCUAGGCAGGAUUGGGGUCCUCAAUCUUUUAGGGCCCUAAAUUGUUGGUUGAAGGACUCAAGAUUCAAGCCCUUUGUGGAAUCCAAUUGGUCUUUGAUUCAAGCGUUGGGAUGGGGGGCUUUCGUGAUUCAGGAGAAGUUGAAGUGCCUAAAACUGAGUCUGAGGCAGUGGAAUAAGGACAUAUUUGGCAACAUAACGACAAAGAGGAAGGGGAUAGUGAAGGAACUCAACAACUUGGAUAAGAAAGCGGAAGAAGUGUCUCUUAAUGCCGAAGAAGUAGCUAAAAGAAAGGAUCUAGGAGCUGAGCUUUGGAGACUAGCUACUCUAAAUGAAUCAUUACUUUGUCAAAAGGCUCGUACAAGUUGGAUCAAGGAAGGGGAUGCUAAUACAAGAUUCUUUCAUGGUAUGAUUAAUUGGCGGAGGAGAGGGAAUUCUCUUUUUGUCCUGGAUCUAGAGGGUAGAUGGCGUGAAGAUCCAAGUGAGAUUCGAUUAGCAGUGAAGGAUUUCUUUGACCAGAAAUAUAGGGAGGUGGAUUGGGCUUCCCCAACUCUAGAUGGCAUCACAUUCCGACAUCUUUUUUCUGCCAAUAACAAUGUCCUUAUUGCUCCUUUUGAUAUUGAGGAGAUUAGAGAAGCGGUGUGGGAUUGUGAUGGUGAUAAAAGUCCGAGGCCGGAUGGUUACAAUUUCAAGUUCAUUAAGUCUUUUUGGCACAUCCUUAAAGAUGACUUUCUAAGAAUGCUUCAGGAAUUUCAUGCUCAUGGGAAAUGGCCUAGAGGAACCAACACUUUGUUUAUUGCACUAAUCUCGAAGGUGGAUUCCCCACAAGGUCUUAGAGACUUUAGACAUAUAUUUUUUGUAGGAUGCAUGUACAAGGUGGUCUCUAAAAUAUUGGCUAAGAGAUUGAAGGGUGUUUUACCAAAGCUCAUUGAUGAGAGUCAAUCCGCUUUCCUUGAUGGUAGAAACAUGUUAGAUAGCAUUCUAAUUGCUAAUGAGGUUGUCCAUGAUGCUAAUAGGAAGGGAGUGCCAACCAUGGUGUUCAAGGUGGAUUAUGAGAAGGCCUAUGACUCUAUUAAGUGGAAUUUUCUCUUCUAUAUGAUUGAGAGGAUGAAAUUUGAUAGAAAGUGGAUUAGUUGGAUCCGGGGUUGCUUGAGCUCAUCCUCGGUAUCGGUCUUGGUUAAUGGUAGCCCUACGGAAGAGUUCAAGAUGGAGAAAGGCCUUAGGCAAGGGGACCAGAUUGCUCUUUUUCUUUUCCUCAUCGUAGCGGAAGGGAUAAGUGGAAUGAUAAAAAAUGCUAUCUCUUUGGGAAGGUUUUCUCCCUAUAAUUGUGACAAUUCUAGUGCUCUAAAGGUUUCCCUACUCCAAUUGCUGAUGAUACUUUAUUCAUUGGAGAGGCAUCCUUGCAAAAUGCGAUCACAUUGA